GGAAAAAUGUAAACAAGCAAAAAAGAGCAAGUGAAGUAACUGAACUGAACAAAAACCCAAUUUUGCGAUGUAUCCGCGACAUUAGAUAGUUUAUGAGCCCAGUUAGGGGCGUUGUUUGUUUUAAAUUUAGUUUUACGAACUUUAUUUUAUUCGUUGACAAUGUUAUUAGAAAACAUGGAUUCACCACAGACAAAUCUUAAAUCAAAUUGUCAAAUACAACAAUAUCGUCAAUUAUUGGAGGAUGGUAGUUCAGUGGUAUUAGAAAAACCUGAAAGUUCUGAAAUUCUUUUUAAAACGGAUGAAAAGUUAGAAUGUGUUGAAGACGAUUACCAAGAGCCUGAAGGCGAUUUUAUCACUUCAGAUACUGAUGAUGAACAUGAUGAUGAAGUUAUACAAAGUAACAAAAAUAUAUCAACUGUAGAAUUGGAACUAGGAAAAUGCUCAGAAGAAAUUUCUAAUGGCAGUAUUCAAAAAAAUAAAAGGCUUGAGGAAUUAAUUUACAAAAACCAGUUUAAGGUAAAGCAGAGAAAGAAAAGAAAAAGAUUUCUAACAAUCAAUGUUUCAUCUUGCAAAUAUCAAUGCGUUCGCCGUGUAUGCCGACGUUUUGGAUUUCGUGAAGUAGAGGAUGGAGAAGACUGGUGUUUAUAUUGGACAGAUUUUUCUGUAAAUCUUGAGAGAGUAAUGGACAUGAAGAAAUAUCAGAAAAUUAACCAUUUUCCUGGAAUGAGUGAAAUUUGCCGCAAGGAUCUAUUAGCUCGCAAUAUGAAUCGUUUAUGGAAGCAGUUUCCCAAGGAUUAUGCGAUAUUUCCAAGAACAUGGUGUUUGCCAGCAGAUUUUGGUGAUUUUCAGACAUACUGUCGCUCAAAAAAGAAUAAAACAUACAUAUUAAAACCAGACAGUGGAUCUCAGGGUAAAGGAAUAUUUUUGACCAAGAACCCAAAGGAUAUAAAACCUGGAGAAGAUUUAAUUUGCCAGCAAUAUGUUUCAAAGCCAUUUCUCAUUGAUGGAUUUAAGUUCGAUCUUCGAGUAUACGUACUGGUGACAUCGUGUGAUCCACUUCGAUUGUUUGUAUUCAAAGAUGGUUUAGCCAGAUUUUCUACAGUUCAAUAUGUUGAACCGACAAGUAAUAAUCUAGAGAAUAUUUAUAUGCAUUUGACGAAUUAUGCCAUCCAGAAGAAUAGUGACGAGUUUAUACGAGAUGAAGACAGUGGCAGUAAAAGGAGACUGUCCGUGGUAAAUAAAUGGUUUCAAGAUAAUAACUACAAUGUCAAUGAAAUAUGGUCGCGUAUUGAUGAUGUUAUUAUCAAGACACUUAUAUCAGCUCACCCAACUCUGAAACAUAACUAUAGAACAUGUUUCCCUAACCACAUGAAGAGCAGUGCUUGUUUCGAGAUCUUAGGUUUUGACAUUAUAUUGGACCGUAAGCUAAAGCCAUGGAUUUUAGAGGUCAAUCACUCGCCUAGUUUUACCACAGACUCCAAGUUAGAUCGUGAGAUCAAAGACUCGCUUAUCCAUGACACUCUUGUGUUGGUCAACUUCUCGUUAUGUGACAAAAGAAAAUGUGUUGAAGAAGAAAGAAGAAAAGUGAGGGAAAGACUACUAUCAAAAACCAAGGAUCAAAAAGACAAGAAGGACGAAUUUACAACGGAAAAAGGAACAGAUUUUUUAAACAGCUUAAAGAAGUAUGAAGAUUCACAUCUUGGCAACUUUAGACGAAUUUUUCCCGAAAAUAACGAGGAUAAAUAUGAAGAAUUUUUCUCCAACAGCUGUUCUCUCUUUCAAGAAACAGCUGCUUCCAAAGCCCGUUCAGAAUGCGCUCGCAUACAAAGAGAGGAAAUUAAACAAAAAAGUGAAUGGAUUGAUUUCAUGAGAAGAAAAAAUGGAUGUAAAUUUGUUGAAAGUACCGAUGGGUUAAGACCAGAAAGUGAAAGUAGACCCAGACAACUUCGAACAUCAAUGUUAAAAAGAUUGACCAGAGUGCGAGACCUUAAUAUGAAUAAGCGGCAAGAAUUUAACUCGCUUAACCCAUAUCCCAUCAACGAGCGUGAAGAGUUAGAACGCAUUGGUAGUAUUAUGCAGCGAGACAAUUUAUUAAGGACUCUGGGGGUUCCUGAUUUUGUCUAUCGUUUACUUCACGGUAGCAAGCCGGCAAAGGAGAAAAAUCCGCCGACGUCGUGUAAUCAUGACGACGACUCGUCGAAGCAAUCCAGUAAAAGCCUUCCAACUAUGCAAACCUGUUCAGUUCAACAAAUAAGUACCAAAACUCGUUCUCACGUACCCGAUACGUACUCGAAAAAAUCAUAUAUUUCUAACACGCAGUCAACUAUGUUUAAUAAUACAGCAAAACAUCAUUGGGCGACUAGUCGACCGCCCGCAUUAAGUCGAAAGGAUCAACAGGUUUUUGUUUCGGCUGGUAUCGAUUUUACGCCUGCAGUACAGUCCAAGGUUUUGCCGAAACAGGCCAUUCCAUUCGCAAAGACGGGAAGCUGCGAUCACGCUGAAAAUAACCGAAACUCUAUUAUCAAUAAAAAGCGAAAUAUUGAUAAUUAUAAUCGUAUCGAUUAUCUGUCUUACGAAAAGAACAGUUGCUUUAAUACGAUAAAUAAACAGAUAUCGUGUUCGUAUUUGCGAUCUAGUCCUCCGAUAAAACUUUUUAAAGAUGUUAAUUCGAAACCUCUUUUUUGUGGUACACGUGGUUUGUCCAUCAUUUCGUCACCAGCUCCCUUGCAGAUUCGUGAAGAUGCUUUGUUAAAUCAGCUAUAUGGUAACCAAGUAGAUCGGGAUGGAUUAUCGAGGCGAUCCACUCGGGCUCAAAGAAUUCGUGGCGCAACUAAUAAUCUACGAAUCAAGCAAAUGGAACUACUGGAAAGUCGAACAGUUUCAAGUUGACAAAUAAACAAACUAAGUCGACGAUGUCUUGCAGUUGUCCUUCGCAAUGAACUUGAAAAUACCAUACGUUAUCGUUGCUCUAUUUAUGGUUGUCUUAUUACAACUAGAAUAUACAUAUUUACCCCAAGAA